AUUCAUUUACUGACUGAUUUGUUGAUUGUAACCUCUCUGUGUGUCCUGCUCUCUGUCUCUACUGUCUCUGAGUGUUGCAGUGGACUUUACUCAGAUGUUCUGUCCAGAUGUGCUCGGGGUUCCGGUACUGUGAGCUGGACUCUUCCUCUCGGAGCCCCGUGACUUCCUGUAACUGACUCAGAGUCAGUAAAGAAAGUGAAAGUAUGAGAGUGAAACUGGGACGAGUUGUUUGUGAGACAGAAACAGAGACACGUCUCAGAGCUGACGGCUCAGCAAGCUGCCUCACGUUUAGAAGAAGAAGAAGCAGAAGAAGAAGAAGAAGAAGAAGAAGAAGAAGAAGAAGCAGCAGCAGCUGUAGUCGGGCCCGGCUCUCCUCCUCCUCCUGCUCCUCUCAGCACCAUGCCUGACUCCCAGCUGUGCCUUGAGGCCCUGUCGGUUCUGUGCGGCUGUAACAUGGAGGUGACCCGCGGCGCGUCGCUGUUCACCCCGCAGGACUUAGUCAACAUCGUCACCCUCAAGGAGUUCUACAAGCAGGAGGGCUUCAAGGAGCUGGAGUACCCGAGCAUCGGGACCCUGUCCCUGCAGGACCCGGAGGACCAGGACCUGUACAGCGCCCCGCUGACGCUCACAGAGGGACCCGGACCGGAACCGAGCCUCGGGACCACCGUGAAGAUCAACCUGCAGGACUUCUUCCACCCUCAGUACGACUACGACUUCACCAACAUCAAGGACGGCAACACCAAGUACCUGCGUGGUAACGAGCCGUACAUCCGCCCCUGCGGGUGGAACCGGGUCGCCCUGCAGGUCACCAAGAAGUAUGAUGACAGCGACGUCUGGCUGGGGACGGGGAAGGACGCCUGGCCCGUCUCCUACAACGGAUACAACAUGGACGGCUCCCUGGGCAUCAUCCUGGCCCAUAAAGGGGGCCCGUCCGAUGAGCCCAGCUUCCUGGAUGCUGCCGCCGCCUCCCUGGUCCAGGGCCGCGAGAGGGGCCGAGGAGUGUACUCCACGCCGGACAUCAAGAUGGCGGAGACGUACUGCAAGAAGUUCAAGUCCAAGGUGGACGGGAAGACGUACAAAGUGGUUCUCCAGAACCGCAUCAACCCGAAGAAGAGGGAGAAGUGCCAGAGAGACAACGUCUGGGUGGUCUACAUCCCCGAGGGCCACAACGACAUCCAGACCCGGGCCAUCGUGCAGGAGUCCAUCCGACCGUACGGGCUGCUGCUGAUGCAGGCGUGAGGAGGCGUCCGGUCCUCCGAUCGUCAGAGGAUCCAUCGGUUUAUUGAUCAUCAACAACAGACCUCACCACCGGGAUCAGACGGUGAACUGUCUCUUCACUUCCUGCUUCACUUACCCACAGAACCAGACAUCUUCUGCCGACCCGAAACCUUCAGCUGCCUUAUUUUAACUUCUGUAGCGAUCAGACUGGUGAACUGAUAAAACUGCCAUCUCAUGGGACAUGACGUGUCUUCUGUCUCUCUUGUAGAGAUGCUGAGUUCUUCCAGAGUUGAGCUGAUUUGAAUUGUUACUUUGCUUUUAAUCUUUAUUGUUGCACAAAAUGUUGAAAUAACGAGUUUCCGCAAGUGUUUUUAUCAUCGGAGUGGAGGUGGACAGAUCUGGAGUCAGGGAAUAAUGAGAUGUGACCUGAUUUGAUUGUUGAUUAUUUUUUUCUUUUGUCUCAUGAACACACAGCCGAUGUGAUCGCGUCAUGUGGAGAAUAUGUUGUAAUGUGAAAGCUGUUCUUCCUGUUUGUACGUUAUUAAACAUGUGACAGAUCCAGGA